AGAGCAUUGUGGAAUUGAAUUUUGAUGAUUUUGUUUUUUUUUGAUGAUUUUGUCUUUUUGGCCAUUGUCACAGAAACAAGUCUAAAGUGCACUAGAAAGCAGCAGUCAGAUUUGGAAAACCUUACAAAAUGGCUGAAAAUAAGUUAUUAACAGCUCUACUGAAUUUGAUUCACAUAAUUGUUGAUCAAUUAUUGGAAUUUGCCUUGGGUUGGUACUGGGGACCGAAAAAAGUAUGUACUCCUACCACAAAUGCUGAGAAAGCAGUUAUUGAAAAGAGUGCUGUUGAGUUAGCCAACUUAAUUAGGCAACGGAAAAUAAAAGCCUAUGAUGUGGUCAAAUCUUAUUGCGAUCGCAUAAGAGCAGUUGGUAUUCCCCAAAUUAAUGCUGUUGUAGAUGGACCUUUUGAGGCCGAAGCUUUGAAAGAGGCUGAGGAGAUUGACCGAAAACUAGACAGUGGCCUAUUUACCGAAGAAGAAUUGCAGCAAAAGCCCUUUCUGGGUGUACCAUUUACCACAAAAGACAGUACAGCAGUUAAAGGUAAAUUGCAUACUUUGGGUUUAAUAUCUAGAAAAAAUGAAAAAGCCCCGGAAGAUGCGGAGUGUGUGAAAUUAAUGAAAGAAAGCGGUGCCAUUAUCAUAGCCACCAGUAAUGUGCCCGAAGUGAACAAAUGGAUAGAGAGUCGAAAUAUGCUUACCGGAAUAACCAACAAUCCCUACGAUCUUAGACGCUCUGUGGGUGGUUCGAGCGGUGGCGAAGCUGCCCUUAUAGCUUCCUGUUGCACGGCUUUUGGAAUAGGAACAGAUAUAGGAGGUUCAAUAAGAAUUCCUUCAUUUAAUUGUGGCAUCUUUGGCCAUAAAGCCAGCCAAAAGACUGUAAACAUGAAGGGCUGCACAUUCCGCACGGGCAAGGAAGAGAAUACCAUGGUAUCUCUGGGUCCCAUGACACGUUAUGCCUGUGAUCUUCUACCCAUGUUUAAAGUCUUAACUGGUCCAAAAAUGGCCGAUACUCUUAAACUAUCUCAACCAGUUGAUUUAAAGAAAAUCCGUUACUUCUACAUUCCUUCGAACAACAUGAAACAAUGCAAUCCUGUAAACCAAGAAACUCAGAUGGUUAUGAACAAGGUACGCAAGCAUUUCGAAAGUAUCACCGGCGAAGAAGUCAAAUUGGCAAAACUUCCCAAUCUUGAAUUAAGCCAUAAGAUGUGGAGAUAUUGGAUGACCCAAGAACCUGCAAACUUUAACAAACUUUUGGGCAAUGGAGUUGAUCUCAAUCCUUUUGUGGAGCUGUUUAAGAAGCUAAUAGGGCAAAGUGAUUUUACUAUGGCUGCUAUUUACUCGCUCGUCGAUAGUCUAUUGCCCAAGGAAAAGGAAGAAAUGAUGAGAAACGCUACAACCGAAUGCAAGAAAGCAUUGCAGGAUAUGUUGGGUUCAGACGGUGUUCUUUUCUAUCACAGUUCUCCACGCACUGCGCCAUUCCACUACUAUCCUCUGUUUAAGUUUUUGGACUUUAGCUAUUUUUCAAUUUUCAAUGUUCUACACAAUCCAGUCACCCAAGUUCCAAUGGGUUUAGACUCAAACGGUUUACCUUUGGGCAUACAAGUGGUGGCAAACGAUAUGAACGAUCGACUGUGUCUAGCUGUGGCUGAAGAAUUGGAACGCAAAUUCGGAGGCUGGACUAAAAUAUAAACAUUUUCAACUUUAUAAAUCAAUGGUAUUAUACAUGAAAUUAUAAUUUUAAGUGAUGCAAAGGUGGUAUAUAUUUUUAUACAUUUUACAUGGUUUUGAAAUUAAAAAAAUGUCUUAAAAAAAGACAAUAAAACAUUUAAUAAAUGACUCCAUUUUUAAUAAUAAAUAAAAGUUCACAAUUUCGUUUAA